CUUCCUUAGAUACAUAUAUAAUGUGUGCAUUAUAGCCCAAAUUUCAGUAACCGGCCUGAAUCCUAAACUCUCAGACACUUGCUACAAACAAAGAAGGAGACAGAGGUCAGCCUUAUUAUCUCCUACAUCACAAUGCAUAUCUUGCUCUUCCUUCUGUUCUUUCCAUAUUCAUCUCCAACAACCCCACCACCCUCUCUAACCUACAGUUGUCGCACUGGUAGGAUAACAGAAUGCAAAAAAGCUAAAUUUGUGCCAGGUCACAUCCUCUUAGGUAAAGGUAUAGACAUAGUAACUAUGAAAAAGACCACAAUUCCCCUGCUGGAGCUACAGACUUACAAGAAGAAGUGCACUUUGUGCCGUAAUCCUCAUAUGAAUGAUGAGUGGAGGAAACUGCCUAAAGCCAUAGAUAACUGGGAGCCAAUGUCUAAAUGCACCAGGGAUAUCAUCAGCAGAAUCUCCACAUCUCAUAUCCAAGUGGCCGACGAAUCGUCUUCAAGUGUGACAAAUGAUUGGAUGGUAACUCUGCAAAUGCAAAAGGACUUUAAAGAAGGAAGCACUGCUCUUGCGGGAUCACAAUCAGAAGAGGCAGAGUUUGCUAGGAAGAAGAGCCAAAAUGAUAAUUACAAUUUUCUCAGCCACAAGCUGCAGUGUGUGUUUUACAGUUUUCAUCUGUCAGAGAACGCCUCCCUGACCACCAGUUUUACCAAGGCCCUGAAACAGCUUCCUGUCACUUACAACCAGGCGAACAAAGCAGAGUACAUUAAUCUGAUAUCCAAGUAUGGCACUCACUACAUAACUGAAGCAAAGGUUGGUGGGAGCGCUCGGGAGACCACUGCGGUGAAGACGUGCCAAAUAUCUCUGGAUGGUUUGUCAGUGGAGGGUGCAAAUGAAUGUCUAGGCAUGGAGGCUGAAAUUAAUGUAAAAGGUUCUACUAGUGUCAAUGCAACCAUGAAAACCCACGAAUGCAACAAUUUCUUGCGAAAGAAUAGUUAUGGUGCCAGUUUCCACCAGAAAUUCAGUGAGCGUUUUUGGGAGGUAAAUGGAGGAAAUGUAACAUUUGAUCUUCUUUCUCCUGCUACAAAUAAAAAUGGAGGAAACGCAUUUAAUGCCUGGAUGACCAGUCUUAAAAAACUUCCUGAUCUUGUUUCCUACUCUUUAACUCCUAUCCAUCAACUGGUCAGAUUUAACGGUCAGCUCAAACAGAGUCUUAAAAAAGCGCUCACUGGUUAUAUAAAUGAGAAGAAAGUCACUAAAAGUUGUAAAUGCUCAGCCCACUCUCAGCCCCGGGAUAGUCACCAUUGUACCUGUUUCUGUAAUAGUAAUAAUUACUUGAACAGUGACUGUUGCCCAACACAUAAAGGGUUGGCUAAUGUAAAGGUCAAAAUUGAAAAAGGCACAGGAUUAUAUGGUGAUUACUGGUCAAAGACAGACGCCUAUGUGAAAUUCCAAUUUGACCAAAUUAAGGAACAAACAAGCACUGUGCAAGAUGAUAAUAAUCCUGUAUGGAAUGUUCCUUUUAAGAUGGGGAUGAUACGACUCAGUUCAGUGUUAAAGUACAAAAUAGAGGUUUGGGAUGAAGACAUAUUUGAUGCUGAUGACCUGCUCGGGAAGUGUGAGAGACCAAUGAGGUCAGGAACCACGAGGGAGACAUGUAAUCUUCAGCAUGGAAAAAUAACUUACACGAUUUCAGCAACUUGUAACGAUCACCUUAAAGGGCCCUUUUGCGAAAAUUACUAUCCAAUCCCAUCUCAAUAGCAUCAUAGAUGUCAACCACGUAUAAUGCCAAUAGGCAGCAAUUCAUUUCCUUACCCACUCUGAAUUUUUCUUUGUUCCUUAUUAUGUGUUGCCAAAAUAAUGAAGCAACCUCUUGUUUUCAGUAAACUGCAUUAUAAGUGAAACCCUACCACUUUUACUUCACAUUAAAAAGGUUUAAACAAUCAA